AUAUAAUGCAUCGUGUAAAGAUAUAGAUUCGACGUUUUCCACGUCAAUGUUCAUUGUUUGAUGGGUCUCUGACAGAUAUACCCUUUGCUCUCUCUCUGUCUCUCUGUGUCUCUCCUCUGUUUCAGCAAGCUUCUCCCAUGGCGGCUAAAUCUCUGAUGCACGCCUCUUCGCCAUGCCAUUCUUGUUUCUCGAGCUCACAGUCGAGUUUGAUAAACUUUAGAAGAACCCAGUUGGGGUUUGAGAAUAGCGUAAAAUGGGAGAGUUUGUCACUUUGUUUUGGAGGGAAAAGCGGCGGAGUAGAGCGGUUGCAGAGGAAGGAGCGGAAAAGUUUGCAGGUGAUCAGGUGUACGGCGGAGAGUAUUGACAGGGGGAUGCUGCUGGGAAGGAGAGGAAGAGAGGAAGCGAAAGUGAACGUGCCGGAGAGGUUCAAGGUGGUGGCUUUAAUGGCGUGCGUCAUGUGCCUCUGCAAUGCUGACCGCGUCGUCAUGUCGGUCGCUAUUGUCCCCCUCGCCGCCAAACAUGGGUGGUCCAAUUCUUUCUUGGGCAUUGUUCAGUCAUCCUUUCUAUGGGGAUACAUAUUUUCAUCGGUGGUCGGUGGAGCCUUAGUAGACAAAUAUGGAGGAAAGAGAGUGAUUGCAACGGGUGUGGCCUUGUGGUCUUUUGCCACCCUUCUCACCCCUUGGGCUGCCAAUCACUCCACUGGCAGCCUCUUGGCUGUACGUGCCUUCUUUGGAUUGGCUGAAGGUGUAGCUCUGCCCUCCAUGGGCAUAAUUCUCUCAAGGUGGUUUCCAAACCAUGAACGAGCAAGUGCAGUGGGUUUCUCCAUGGCUGGAUUUCAUCUUGGCAAUGUUGCUGGCUUACUGCUAACUCCAAUUAUGUUGUCGUCGGUUGGAAUUACCGGUCCCUUCAUUCUCUUUUCGUCACUUGGGCUACUCUGGUUGAUGACAUGGACGCGUGGAGUCACAAACAAUCCACAAGACAACCAUUUUAUUAGCAAAUCGGAGCUACGACUAAUCCAAGAUGGUAAAGCUGAGUGCUCUUCAGUAAAUAAAGGCGAGCUUCCGCCCGUACGCCUUCUGCUAUCAAAGUUACCAACAUGGGCUAUCAUAUUUGCUAAUAUAACUAACAACUGGGGAUACUUCGUUCUUCUUUCAUGGAUGCCUGUUUAUUUCAAGACAGUGUUUAAUGUGAACUUGAAACAAGCAGCAUGGUUUAGUGCCGUUCCAUGGGGAACAAUGGCGGUUUCGGGGUAUUUUGCUGGUACGACAUCAGAUUAUUUAAUCAAGGCAGGCCUCUCUUUGACAUUAGUCCGCAAAAUAAUGCAGUCUAUUGGUUUCAUUGGACCUGGGGUGUCAUUGCUCUGCUUGAAUUAUGCCAAUACAGCUGAAAGUGCACUGCUACUCAUCACAAUAGCCUUGAGCUUGAGCUCCUUCAGCCAAGCCGGCUUCCUCCUUAACAUGCAAGACAUAGCUCCCCAGUAUGCAGGAUUGCUCCAUGGGAUUUCAAAUUCUGCUGGGACAUUAGCAGCAAUAAUGAGCACAAUUGGAACUGGUUAUUUUGUACAAUGGCUGGGAUCUUUCCAGGCAUUCUUAACUGUCACAGCUGCACUCUACUUCAUGUCAGCCAUAUUUUGGAACCUGUUUGCUACAGGAGAGCGAGUCUUCUAGUAUGAAAAACCAAACAAUUUAGUCACUUAUAUACUAGAGAAUCUACUAGGAAAGAAAGACAUUGAUUAAAAGUUAUAGUGAAAAGUUUUGGCUUGAAUGGUUUAAGGUGACAAGUAAAUUGUAUCAUGUAAAGUUCAUUCCUUGUCUCCCUUGCUAGAAAACAUCAUGUUACAUACCGUUUUCUGUUUCUGUAUUUCCCCUCUACUAUUGUAUAUGCCAAUUCAUUUGUAAUAAGCAAUUGAAAAGAUGUGAGGAAAAUGGUAUUACCCCCCAAGUAUUGUAUUUCUUCAAUUCGUUUGUAAGAAGAGAUUGAAACAAUGUAAGAAAUUAUAUAUUAUAUUUAUUUCAGUGCUCAAUCAAACA